CGAUUUUUUUAACUUUUGUCAUCUGUCAACGAUCUUUUUCACAUCGAUGAAACAGCGAUUAGUCAUCUGAUUAAUCGGAUUUUGAAGAGGAUGGAUCUGGUUGACAGAUGAAUUAUAACCCAUAUUUUUCAUUCCAUGAUCGGUUUCGGUUACGAUCUGAUGUUCCAUGGUGAAGUUGCGCUCCUUUUCUAUUCGAUGUAGAUAGUAAAGGAGCGGGAGUUGUGAUGAUGACAAAUAUUGUUUCGAAGCAGUUUUGUUACAAGAUUCGAUGCGAUCGACGAUAAUAUAAUAAUUUCGCGUGCGAUAAAAGCGGUAAUUAGCUAAUGAUACAAACCGCCUAAUAUUACAGAUACGGUUUAUUAGGUGCAUCUGGUUGCGGGAAAACCACUUUGCUCUCCUGCAUCGUGGGCAGGAGGAGAUUGAACACCGGGGAGAUUUGGGUGUUGGGCGGAAGACCCGGUUCGAAAGGAUCCGGGGUGCCCGGCAAAAGGGUGGGUUACAUGCCGCAGGAGAUAGCCCUCUACGGGGAAUUCACCAUCAAAGAGACCAUGAUGUACUUCGGGUGGAUCUUCGGUAUGGAGUCCAGAGAGAUUAACGAAAGACUGCAGUUUUUACUUAACUUUUUGGAUUUACCUAGUCAAAAUCGUAUGGUUAAGAAUCUUAGUGGUGGUCAACAACGAAGGGUCUCGUUCGCUGUAGCUCUGAUGCACGAUCCGGAACUUUUAAUUUUAGACGAACCGACGGUGGGCGUCGAUCCUUUACUUAGACAAAGCAUAUGGAAUCAUCUAGUACAAAUUACCAAAGACGGUAAUAAAACGGUGAUCAUUACGACGCAUUACAUCGAAGAAGCCAGACAAGCGCAUACGAUCGGCCUGAUGAGAAACGGCAAGCUGCUGGCCGAAGAAUCACCGCAGGCGCUGCUCACGAUGUACCAAUGCACCUCGCUCGAGGACGUCUUCCUGAAGCUGUCCAGGAAGCAGGUCCAAGUCGGCGCCAACAACGAUCAAAAUCUCACCAACAACAUCAGCCUGGCCUCGUUGAACUGGUCCAAAAAGGACCUCGUCUCCGUCACCGAAGAGAGCGGCGUCGUCGGCUUGAAUUUCCACCAAAGCAAAGAGGUCCUCGUCAGCGACAGCAACGGACACUUAGACAUGAAUAGAACGGCAUCGACGAGCAACGGUAUCAAAGAGGCCUGCGACGAUUGCACCAAUUGCUCGGAAUUCACCACCACCGGCAAACUCCGCGCUCUACUCCAAAAGAACUUCCUCAGAAUGUGGCGAAACGUCGGCGUCAUGUUGUUCAUCUUCGCGCUGCCCGUCAUGCAGGUGAUACUCUUCUGUUUGGCCAUCGGCGGCGAUCCCAAAGGACUCAAACUGGCCAUCGUCAAUCACGAAAAGAACUACACCAAUCUCACCUACCAGAGCUGCGAUUGGAAGCCGGGUUGUUCGUUCGAGAACUUGAGCUGUCGAUAUCUGGACGCUGUGAAUACAUCUACGAUCGUGAAAGAGUACUAUCGCACGCCGGACGAGGCCAGGGACGCGGUGCGCAUGGGCGAGGCCUGGGGCGCUCUGUACUUCACCGAGAACUUCACCGACGCCUUGGUGGCCAGAAUGGCGCUGGGGAAGGACGCCGACGAGGAGACGCUCGACCAGAGCGAGGUGCGCGUUUGGCUGGACAUGUCCAAUCAACAAAUCGGUAUAAUACUCCAGAGGGACUUGCAACUGGCGUUUCAGAAUUUCACGAAAGAUAUAUUUAGGGCGUGCGAGUACAACGAGGAACUGGCCGAAAUACCGAUAUCCUUUAAGAAACCUAUUUACGGUUCUAAUCAACCAUCUUUCACCGAUUUCGUAGCACCUGGUGUCAUUCUAACCAUCGUCUUCUUCUUGGCUGUUGCGUUGACAUCUUCUGCAUUGAUCAUCGAACGCAUGGAAGGAUUGUUGGACAGAUCAUGGGUUGCUGGUGUAACCCCGGGGGAGAUCCUGUUCUCGCACGUGGUGACCCAAUUCGUGGUGAUGUGCGGCCAGACGACGCUGGUGCUGAUCUUCAUGAUACUGGUGUUCAAAGUCGAGUGCAAAGGGGACAUCUUCCUGGUGAUCGUGAUCACGAUCUUGCAGGGGCUGUGCGGCAUGUGCUUCGGCUUCGUCAUAUCGGCGAUCUGCGAGCUGGAGAGGAACGCCAUCCAAUUGGCCUUGGGCAGCUUCUAUCCGACGUUGCUGUUGAGCGGCGUGAUUUGGCCGAUAGAGGGCAUGCCGACGAUAUUGAGGUACAUAUCGACGUUCUUGCCGUUGACGCUGGCGACGACGUCGCUGCGAUCGAUGAUGACGAGAGGAUGGGGCAUCGGCGAGCCGGAUGUGUUUUAUGGUUAUAUAGCCACUGUUAUUUGGAUUGUGCUGUUUCUGACGAUCAGUUUGGUGGUGUUGAAGAUGAAGAGGGGUUGA